GGAGAAGGAUGAAGAAGAAAUGAGAAAUAAAGGUGGAAUAGGAGAAGAAACCAAGAUUUAAUUUUUAGUGUGAGGUGGACGUGGCGGAGGCUAUGGGUGGUGACUGGCCGCAGCUAUUCACUAAGGUCGGGCAGGCCUGUAUCAUCGUGUUCUGCUCUAGAAAUGCGAGUAAUAUAAGCAGGGAGCGGGGAGAGAGGACUGUAUCCUUCAGGCAGAUGUUGGUGUAUCUUUUAUUGCCAUCAAACAGAUCAUCUUCCAUUAUUUCACAAGAGUUUGCAGAUGCAGCUUUCUUGCACCUGCUUGAUGGCUCCUCUGAUUCCUCACUUCACUCUCCCCGACCUUUACUACCCUGUGGGCCAGCACGUGUCAUCGCACUAGUGUUGCCAGAGUUUGUUUUGUUCUGCUCCAGUUCAUUCCCGUAUACAAGUUUUCAUUCUCUUUCUUUUCAGUUGUAAUAGAGCUUACUGUUAGACUAGGAUUACGGAAAUAAAGUAAUAAUUUAGACAACACUUACC